AUUUAUUAUAGAUUUCUGUUUAUUUUGGUUUCUGUUCGUCUAGAUCAUUCUCAUCUGACAUGCUGACGAAGUGAACGAUCGACACUCAACAACUCAAUUAAUCUCCCUCCCACACUCUUUCAACAACUCACCAUCAUCAUGGCCACUCCACAAUCACCGGAGGCAAAGGAGUUGUCCCUUGUUGGCAAAGUUGAGAUGCGCAUAGCCCUUGCAGAUGGUGAUCAAAAGUUGCAAUCUACUCUGAACACCUAUCUGGCACCUCUAUUGCUUAAACUCGCCUCUGAACAUAUGAGCGUCCGAAACAAGGUUAUCGGCAUCUGUCAACACGUCAACACUAGGAUAAAGCCGGAGUCCGUAAAGUUACCAGUCGCUGCUCUUGUUGAACAGUUCAAGUCAAAUCCAAAUGUCCCACUGAUCCGCCAUUUCGAUCUUCUGUACAUACAGACGGGUAUCCGACGCAUGUCGUUUGUGGAAAGCACUGCCUUGUUCCCUGUUGUACUACAAAGUGUUGCUUCGGCAGGCAAGACCUCGCCAACCCAUGGUUCUCAGAUGUUCAAUUUGCUCCUCCAGCUACUGAAGUAUUUCAAACUUCCUCCAAGAGGUACUAAGGAAGAUGACGAGCUGCGCUCGAUUCUCGAGCUCAGCGACGAAGACACUUCCUUCUUGGCGUUCUGGUUUGGAAAGUUGAUUCUCUUCUCAGUGGUGAAAGGAAGCAGUAACACCGCCUCAGUGACUUGCCCUGGUCUCAGACCAAGCGAGUACUCUUUCUUGACGUUGCAGAACAGAGAUGAUGUCUGGAAUCCAGCUUCCCCAAUGGGUCUCAAUUUGCUCGAGAUCAAGUCGAGUGUUGCCAAAGUCCUUGCUAGUGGCAUGUUCACAGAUAAGGAACGUAUCCUACCUGCUUUGUUCGCUUCCACAGAGUCAACGUCUGGCAUUGGCGAGGAUAUGCUGAAGAGAACACUACCCAAUAUCUCGCUCGAAGAUCCAGAUUUUGUCCAAUCUCUUUAUACCUUGUAUUUCGGCGAUGAGGGUAUCGACUCCCAGAAGCGAGCUCGAGUGCCGUUACAGCUGAGAAUUCUUGGACUGUUCGCUAAGUCGACAGUCAGCACCACAUUCACCGAACAAAUCGUCAGACUCGUAAAUGACGGCAUUGCGACCUCAGCAAACGAGGACCCAUCUGCAUUGGGCAGAGAAGCCACAAAGCUUCGUGCGGCCAUCUUUGUUUACAUCAACUUCGUCUCUCGCUUUGGUAGCGAAGAGAGCCUCUAUGCCAUUGCUCCGCGCGUUCUUGGAAGGUUACGAGAAUACAUCGAGGGACAAAGUUGGCCGAAGCCCAGCCAGAAUGAGGAUCUCGUUUCUCGAGGAUAUGCUUACGAGGUUAUUGGUCUGCUGGCAAAAGCCGGUCCUAAAGAUCUUGUGGCUGAGCCGAACCUCGACAUCCUGCGCUGGCUCUUCGAGUCUUUGGCUCUUGACACUACUACAAGCUCCGUCACUGUCAGUAUUGAGGAGUCGCUUUCCAGUAUGCUCGGAGCCUUUGCAAAACACGGAGACUCGGAGACUGCAACCAGUCUUGAGAACCUUCUGAUCGAUCAGAUGUACAGAUCUGGGACCCCUCAGCGUCGAAGCACUCGCUACGUUGCCGUGAGGUACGCCAAUCGUUGUCUUCCCUACGCCUCAGUGAAGGCUCGAUGGGUGAAUUUGCUGGCAAUCGCUGCAGAGACCACCGAUAGACAAGAAGUCGUCGAGGAAGGCAGACGAGGACUCAGCCCGUAUUGGUACCGAAUGCUCAACGGGUCUGUUGGUACAUCUCAGACAGACGAGAGUGUCAAAUUUCCUCCCUACCAGACUCUGAUGGACUAUGUUUUCUACCAAGCAGUGUCGGAUAUUUCAGGUUCUUCCACGGACCACAAUCCUGCGACUGCGGUUCAACAACUCCUCCAACGCCACCCAAACGCUUUUAUGGAUACCAUCAAGUACUGCCGACGUGUCUUCAUGCAUGAUGCGAUGUCAAAGAGCUCAACUCAGGUCAAGCUAGACGCCGACUGGGAGUACAAGUUCGACACUGCUAUAGAGAAUGACGAACAGAUCCGACAGACUGUAAAAGAUUGCAUAGCCCAGCUUGUAGUCGAGGCACAUGGUGCUGCCACCAAUCUGCAGCUCCUACUGCGUGCUUUCUCAGUCAGCGUGUUGAUUCCAGAGGGUAGCAAAAUAAAGGUCGAAGACGCAGAUAAACUGUUCCUCGAACUGUGCGCCCUCAGUCCUGAUGCGCUCGUUGAAACGGUAGCUCCACAAUUUGUUGGUCUUGUUCCCUCGAUAUCCUCGAACAAGCUCGCUACCAGACAGUCUGCAGCUCAUGCUUUUGGCCUACUCGCUUCUCAUCCCAGGAAUCAAGUUGAUCGCCCAACAGAAGUUUUGCAGACUGUACAACAGCUUUUGAGCAAAAUCUUGAGUUGGCGCGAGGCUGUAGGCGCAGCAGCAAACCAAGUCCAUGGUGCCGUAUCUGCUCUGGGCUUCUUCUAUAGCCGAUAUGCUCUCCGCGGUGGUAAUGACUUCGAAUCGUCAGCGCCGUUCGCCGAGUACAUGACCAAAGUUGUGGAAAUCCUUCUACAGUCAACCGACAAAGUACUGCAGGAGUCUGCUUAUAAUGCAAUCGGCGACUUGUGCCUCUUCCAGGCAGUCAAGCUUACUACUUUCGAGAAGAUGGGCGGCUUGAAAGCGAUCAUUGACAAGGCGGCCGAUAUUGCUAAGGGGGGCAGUGAGAGCGCUGCUCUAGCUAUUGGAAAAAUGGCCACUGUGCUCGAGGAACCAACAACAGACGCUGAAGAGAAGUCACUUCUUGAGCAUGCCUCUGAGCGACUGCACCAGCUACACGAUAUUAGACAGGCUGAGACACACUUCUCCGUGGGCGAAGCUCUAAGCUACACAGCAGUUGGCUGGAGGUCCAGAGCUCUCGUCCACCGGACUGACGUGGAGUCUUCUGUGCCGACCGGACCUGCACGUGUCAACUCGUUGCGCAAGCUUCUUGAUAGGACACUCCAAGACUGCAAACAAACCAAACCUUCGCUCAAGAAGGCGUCGGUCAUCUGGCUGCUGUGUCUGGUGCAGUUCUGCGGCCAUCUAGAAGAAGUGCAGACUCAGUUGGCUGCAUGUCAAGUGGCUUUCAAGAAAUGCCUCUCAGACCGUGAUGAAUUGGUUCAAGAGACGGCUUCCAGAGGUCUUGGUCUUGUUUACGAGAAGGGCGACAGAAAUUUGAAAGACGAUUUGGUCAGAGACCUUAUCGGAUCAUUUUCUUCUGACAACAAGGCGCAACUGGCCGGGAGUGUCACUGCGGAGACGCAACUCUUCGAACCUGGAGCGCUCCCAACUGGUGAUGGAUCUGUGACUACUUACAAGGACAUCAUGAGUCUUGCUGCCGAAGUUGGUGAUUCGAGUUUGGUCUAUCGAUUUAUGUCGUUGGCAUCCAGCAAUGCCAUCUGGUCGAGUAGAGCGGCAUUUGGCAGGUUCGGUCUCAGCAAUGUCCUGUCAGAUUCAAGCGUCGAUGGUUACCUUGCCAGUAAUCCGAAACUGUACCCUAAGCUGUACCGGUACCGAUUUGAUCCCAACCCUAACGUCCAGCGGUCUAUGACUGACAUAUGGAAUGCACUGGUCAAGGACUCUACCGCAACUAUUGACUCACAUUUUGACGCCAUCAUGGAUGAUCUGCUCCUGAACAUCCUAGGCAAAGAGUGGCGAGUACGUCAAGCUUCGUGUGCUGCUAUCGGAGAUCUCGUACAAGGCCGUCCUCUGGAAAAGUACGAGAAGUAUCUUGAGAAGAUCUGGGGUGUCUGCUUCAAAGUACUUGAUGACAUCAAAGAAUCCGUCAGGGCAGCAGCAGCAGCGUUGGCUCGCGUACUGACGGGUAUUCUUACGAGAUCGCUUGAGGCAGAUACCAUGGCAUCAAAGAACGCCGGUGUAUUGCUCAAAAACGUACUUCCCUUCCUUCUCUCCACAUCCGGCAUCGAAUCUAGCGCAGAAGAGGUGCAGAGCUUCUCCUUGCACACUUUGUUGGAGAUCAUCAAGAAGGCAAGUGGCAAGAUUCUACGACCCUUUAUUCCGGAAUUAGUUGAGCGCUUGGUGGGUCUUUUGAGUAUUCUAGAGCCACAAGCUGUCAACUACUUGCAUCUAAACGCAAGCAAGUACAAUCUUACUGAGCAGAAGAUUGACGAUAUCCGUUUGUCAAGCAUCCGCAGCAGUCCCUUGAUGGAAGCUAUUGAACGAUGCCUGGACCUGCUUGAUGAAAAUUCGAUGGAGCAACUCCAACCUCGCCUCGAAGCUGCUAUGAAGAAUGCAGUAGGUCUGCCUUCCAAAGUUGGCUGCAGUCGUGUCUUGGUGUCACUCAGCACACGCCAUAACGUGCUCUUCAAACCAUAUGCAGACCAGUUCCUGAGGCUGAUCGAGAGACAAGUCAUUGACCGCAAUGAGACAGUCUCUAGCUCAUAUGCAGCUUCAUCGGGGUACGUCGCUCGUGGUGCAUCAGACAAGCAGGUACUGCGUCUAGCGACCUUUGCUAAAAAGCUUUACUUUGAGAGCGAAGGCGACCGCGAGCAAGCAGUACCACGUCAAAGCAUCGCAGCUGCCGAGAUCAUGCAAGCAAUCUCGAAGCAUGCAAAUGACAGGUUCAACUCUCUUGCAUCCGACUUCCUCCCUUUCAUUUUCUUUGGCAAGCACGAUUCUCACGACCAGGUCACGGAAAUCUUCCGAAACACCUGGGAAGACAAUGUCGGAGGCAGCCGAGCCAUCUCUCUUUACUUGAAGGAAAUUCUCUCGAUGGCUCAGGAGCACAUGGAUUCUCCGCAGUGGGUAAUUAAACAUACAGCAGCCCGAUCAGUCGCCGAUGCUACCACGGCACUUGCAUCGAUGAGUAGUGGCUUCGACACCACGACUAGCCACCUGAUAUGGCCCGUCCUUGAGAAGGCCUUGAGCGGAAAGACUUGGGACGGCAAGGAGGCAGUGCUAUAUGCCUUUGCCAAAUUUGUAGAGAACACCAAGCAUGUCUGGUCAGCCGAGGAUGCCGUCGCGAAGACAUUCGUUAAGAUUAUUCUAAGGGAAGCUAAAAGGCAGAACGUGGCGUACCGACCCCACGCCAUCAAGUGUCUAGGCCUUGUGGCCGCGAAUCGAGAGGAUCUUGAAUUGUUCGACGCCAUGUGCGAUGUAGUCAAACCUGUGUUCACCGACGUAGUGGAUACCGAGAACGAGGACAACAUGGAUGUGGACGACGGUGUCGGAGCCGGCGACAAGGAUUCGAGGGAAAGCACUACUGUCAACAGCGUCGAAGCGCUCUGCAGACCCUUCGACCCCUCGGAUGUGGCUUGGAAGAAGGACCAGAAGCUCAUGGAAAAGAGGUUGGACCGCGUCGUCGACACCCUGCAGAUCUUGCAACCAAUGCGGACCGAAGGGCACGCGAGUCUUCGUAAGACGAUGGAGAAGGCCAAGGCAAGUAUGUUGGCAUGUCUGCAAGGAGAGAUCCAGGAAAGCGAUGCUGGACGCGACUUGCGCCGUCGGAUUGAGGGGCUACAGGCAACGACGUAGUAGUGACAUUAUCUAUCUGGGUUCGGACGAAUAACCGAGCGCCACUCGACUCUACCUAGCUAGGGUUCACGAAAGAGGUCAAUACAACUGCUGUGAUGCAGCAAUUUUGGCAAAAACAAAGUUCGUGCUACCACGUGGGUUCAAAGAGAAAGAAAGAGCUUCAGUGACUAUACAAGCCACCGCAGCCAUGGUAAAUGACAACUCCGAGGAAGCACGUCGAGAACUUCCAAAAACACAUCAGGAGUAGGGCGUCGAAGCCCCGAAGGACGUUGCUCGACGAGGAGAAAAUAGGGUCAUCGGUUGUACCCGCUAGGCUGUCAAACGCGUAGUUCGUCAAAUCGUCCAUACUGCACGUGGUCUGCAACUCUCAACCAUGCCAAGUUCCACCCACA